GGAGACGCUGCUCAUCAUCAUGUUGAUAUACAUAGGCACGAUCUUCCCCUACCGGCUCGCGUUCAUCAUCUUCGGCAUCCCGAAGGAGGGGGAGCCCUGCGAGGCGGACGUCGAGGAGGGCGUCCUCUGGAUUGUCAUGGACUGGGUCACGGACGUUUUUUUCUGGUGCGACCUCGUCCUGAGCUUCUUCCUGACGUAUCGGAGGAGCAGCGACCAGAAGGAGGAGUACAGGCUGAAGUUCAUCGCGCUGAACUACUUCCGGUCGUACUUCUUCCUCAACUUCGUCGCCUGCCUGCCAGCCACGGCCUUUGAGCCGCUGAUCCUGUGGAUAAACUUCGUCCCGCCUGGCGGGUGCGACGACGCGGCGGGCGUGAACAAGGCGCCGCUGCUGGCGCGCAUGCAGCGCAUGACGAAGAUCGCCCGCCUCACGCGGCUGGUGCGCCUGGUGAAGAUGACGGCGCUGGGGCGCCUCACCCAGAACAGCCGCACCCUGCAGCUGCUCAGGGACAUGCGCUGUGUGCGCAUUAUCAACUGGGUCUUCGGAUUAUCAUGGAUUGUGCACCUGUUGUCGUGCGGCUGGUACCUCUGCGCCGCGCUGCACCAGUCUCCCGCGGAGACCUGGGUGGGGCGGCGCGUCAUCAACACCGAGGGCGAGACGCUGCAGACCGAGGA